AUGGCUCAUCACGAACUACAACGAGCAUCCCUGCUCGUCCCGAUCUUCCUCUGCUUCCUCUUAUUAGUCCUUCCCAGUCUUUCCACUACAAUAGCAGGCGCUACCACGGGACUCGGCCCUGGUGCAAGACAACGACCAAUUCGGCAGGAGAUUUCUGUAUUCUCAGAAUCAGGACCAGUCUGGGAUUUGUACAUACAGGCUCUGAAACGUUUUCAAGAUGCCCCAACUGACGACAAAUUCUCAUACUAUCAAAUCGCUGGCAUUCACGGCUAUCCACAGGUGGCAUGGGACGAUGUCUACGGAAAUCCUAAUGGUGGCACGGGAUAUUGCAUGCACAACAGUGUACUCUUUGAACUUUGGCACAGGCCAUAUCUGGCGUUAUUCGAGCAAACGUUAUCGGAGCAUGCACGAGCAAUCGCCUCCGCGUAUCCUGCAGACGUUCGUCCUAAAUAUAUUUCUGCUGCUGAAAGCCUACGUAUACCCUACUGGGAUUGGGGACAAACUUUUCGAUUGCCGGAUGCUGUAACCAAGCUGUCUUUGGUCGUCAACAGCCCUGAGGGUUUACAAUGUAUCAGCAAUCCACUCCGGCGGUAUGAUUUUCAAAUUGACGUGGAAGAAAUAGUCACUUAUGAUUACGGCUUUCUUAACAAACUGAAUCAUACUGCUCGCCACUACGAUCCCAUUGUCGGAAGCCAAGAGGAAGCAGCAUCGGCACGACUCUUAGUCAGUUCAGCGGGAAGGUUGAGCAACCUAUAUCAACUCAUUACUUCAACCAGCAACUGGACAGAAUUCGCCCCACACCUGAUUGGCAACGAACAAAACCCAAAGACCAAUCUCGAGAGACUACACGGCGGAGUACACAACGAUGUCGGCGGAAUAGGUGGGUCGACCGUAGCUUUGGGCCAUAUGACGGUCAUACCCUUGUCCGCCUUUGACCCGAUCUUCUGGUUGCAUCAUGCCAACGUUGACCGCAUAACAGCCAUCUGGCAAGUCCUCCAUCCAGACGAUUACGUACAACCGGUCCUCGACCAUGACGGUACUUACUACCAAGAGCCUGCUCAAUUGGACCACCUGCAGACCUCCCUAGCCCCUUUUCAUUCUGAUGGUAGUACAGAGAUGUGGACAGCAGCUACGGUCAGAGACACUGCAAUCUUCGGAUACACUUAUCCGGAGUUGAUCGAUUGGAAUGUGUCUGCAUCGGAUUUGGUCACGAGCGUGCGUCAGAAGGUCAACGAGCUCUACAAUCCUGAUAUUCAGCCGACAAAAAACAGAACCACACUAAGAAACUAUCCUCGCAAUGCCAACCUAGCUAAGGCUAUGAGCAAUGUCCAUGGAGAUAUUGCUCUACAGCUUGGGGUCAACAAUCUGAACGUGCAGUGGUACCUAAGACUCGUCGUGGUAGGACUGGCAGUAGAGCAAGGUGUCUCUGUCUAUCUUUUCGUUGCUAAAGCGCCAACAGAUUGCUCUUUGUGGUCGAGUGCCAAUACCUUGGUGGGCGCCUUCAGCCCGUUUGGUUCAAGAAGGCCGACGACUAUGCACCAGGUAGACAUUCCAUGCACUCAUAUCAUUGCUGCUGCUGUUGAUCGCGGCGUGCUUCCAGGAAUACGUUCUGACGCAGUGGUUCCCUUCCUCAGUAGGAAUCUGGUGGUCAAAGCUAUGCGCGCCGAUGGCACUGAGUUCAGCGCCGUGCCAAGCUCGGGCGUCAAGCUUUGGAUCGUCAGCCGCCCGGUCCAGCCACGAAAGAGUCUAUCCGAAUUUCCUUUAUAUGGUGAUUUCAAGCUGGAGAUGCAGCUUAUCUGA